GUGAGCAGUCAAAUAGUUACGAUAGUGAUAGCUUCUUCGGCUUCAAAACCGGUUAUAACUACAUAAUAGACAAAACCACAUUCAAAAUGAAGGUACCCGCAGCAUUAGUUUCCGUCCUAGCAGCGAUCACCUGCGUACAGUGCGCCACAGUACCACAUGGUUUCAUCCGGAACAAAACCCUGGGAGUGGCUUACAAGAUAAUGUACCAGUCCAAGUCGUGGCCUGACGCGAUAGAGGCGUGCGAGCAGGAGGGGGCACAGAUUGCUGUUCCACGUUCAGCGGAGGAGUUUGACUUCAUGCAGAAGCUGGUGCGUGGCAUGAGCCACCCCAACAUCACCAACAGCGAGUAUAAGCUGGUGGUCUGGCUCGGCAUCUCCAAUCUUGACGACUACAGGACUUGGAAGACUGUUUACGGUGACAAUAUCGAAGAAGUUGGCUUCCACAGAUGGGCGAGAGGCAACGGAGAAAGCUUCAGUGAUGCCCCCGAAGAGCCGCACUGCGCCGGUCUGGACGCCAUGAACCCAGGUCUCCGGGAGUUUUGGUGCCACAGAAGACAACCUUUCCUCUGUGAAAUUAAUAUUUGAGCCCUAAUUUUAACGUAUUACGAUAACUUUACCUUAAAUGUAUUAAUUAAGUUA